GAAAGAGAGAGAGAAAGAGACUACGCAAACCCAGCGGCGCGUUGGAAGCAUCAUCCCCGGCUUCGCCUCCUCCAUCGACGGUCCGCAGGCGAGCAGAGAGCCGGGAAUUCGGCGACACACAUCUUCCCCUCAGUGAUGGAGAGCCUGCUGGACAACCCGAUGAAAGCCGUCUUGUACCUGAAGGAGCUGACCACCAUCGUGCAGAACCAGCAGAGCCUCAUCCAGACGCAGCGGCAGCGCAUCGACGAACUCGAGCGGAAGGUCGAAGACCUGAUCGGCGAGAACAGACACCUGCGGGACCCCCAGCAGUACGUGCAGCAGCAGCAGCAGCAGCACACGCAGCCUCCACCAGUGCACGCCCACCCGCAUCAGCACCACCAGAGCGGCGGCAACAAGGCUGCAGCGCACAGCGGCCAGCAGGCGCAGCAACAGCAGCAGCAUCAGCAUCACCAUCAUCCUCAUCACCAACAGCAUCAUCAUCAUCACCAGCAGCAUCAGCAACACCCGACCCCUCCUGCUCCGACUCUGGCUCCGGCUCCGGCUCCGGCGCCGCAUCACCCGCAGCAGCUCCAGCUGGUGCCCACCUCGCCACAGUCUCCCCAAGCUAGCCAAGCCAGUCCGGACCCCGGCGAGGAGGGCAAGAGGAGCCCCUGCUGCAAGUCGCUGGUCCCGCAGACCCCCACCACCUUGUGCCGCUCGGUCGGACUGGCCAGGAAAGCAGACAACCAAACCGUGCUCCAUCAAUUCUGCUGCCCGGCCCCGGACGCCCCGGAGGGUGAGGUCUCGUCCGCCUGCGUGCCCAGCGAUGACCUUUCUCCAGACCCGUCAGUGGGUGAGGAAGGGGAGGGUGGAGAGGGGGAGCUGCAGAGUGAGGCCCAGUCACAACCACAGCCCCAAGAGACUCCGCCCCCGGAGCCUGAGUGCGAGCCUCAACCUGAGGAGUCGCCGCCCGAAACUGAACAGGAAUUAAUACCUGAACCAGAAGCACAGCUCGAGAUUCAAGUUGAAUCCUCGGGCGGGGACGAAGCGCAAGAAGUUGGACCGCCCCCCGGUGGUCUGGAGGAAGAGUGCACAGCAGAGGAGGAAACUAAGGGAAAUCAGGAAGCAGGGGAUACUCAAGAUAAGGAAGAAGAGGAGGAGGAGGAGGAAGGGGGAGGAGCUAAAGGAGGCGGAACGACAAGGAGGGCCAGCCUCCAUCACACGGCCUCGCCCCUGAGGGUGCAGCGUAACGGGGCCGGCUCGCACUCGGCCACCUCCGACUAUGAGCUCUCGCUUGACCUCAAAAACAAGCAGAUCGAAAUGUUAGAGCACAAGUACGGCGGCCACCUCAUUUCCCGCCGUGCCGCCUGCAAGAUCCAGACCGCUUUCCGCCAGUACCAGCUCAGCAAGAACUUUGAGAAGAUCCGCAACUCCCUGCUCGAGAGUCGCCUGCCUCGCCGAAUCUCCCUGCGCAGGGUGCGCACGCAGAACACGGAGGGCUUCUCGGCUGAACGGGCCCUGGCGGAAGGCUGCAACCUGGCGGGCAUUCCCUUGGUGAGGUCGCCGUCACUGCCCACCACAGUGGGUGGCUCGCUCACCGACCUAGAAGACUCCUUCACUGAGCAGGUCCAGUCGCUGGCCAAGUCUAUAGACGAUGCGCUCAGCAACUGGAGCUUGAAAGCGAUGUGCUCGCUCCAAGAGGGCGGCGCUUAUCAGUUCAAUGCAGCAGCUGUGGGAGGACAGGGAGAGUCUGCAAUUCACCAAGGCCCGGUUGACCCGAGUGAUCUGUCCAAAAGCGCAAGCAAGCUCAUGAUGGCCUUCCGGGAUGUGACGGUCCAGAUUGACAGCCAGAACUUUCGGGUUUCGUCUUCUGUCAUGGAGUCAUCAGCUUCCGUCACGCUGGGCAGCUGCACUCAACGAACCACUUCCAUUACAGAAAACUCCACUCCGCUCUCCGAAACAUCACAGGAACCACAUGCUCCCCCAGCAGCUGACACCAUAGACCCUCCGCCACCACCUCAAGAGCACCCAGCUCCCCCAGAAAUAGACUUGGACUCAUGCGAUCAGGAUGCUGAGUUCCCCGACCCACCACCGAGUGAAGAGGAGCUCACAGGUGAGGACCUGCCGUCCUUGACCCCUAUUGACAAAACGGCUCCCCAAUACAUCCCAGAUGAGGUUGCGGUGAUUGCGCCGCCUCCGCCGGAGCCUCCUAAAUUCCUCGCUGCCACUGCCGAGCCGCUGGAAGUCAAGCGAAGUGGCUCGGAGACGGUGGACAACAGCUCGGAGCAGAUGAGCAGCAGCAGCGCUUCCACAGAGGCCCGCUCCACGUCGGAGGCCUCUUCCAAGGAGGCGCUGCAGGCCAUGAUCCUCAGCCUGCCCCGCUACCACUGUGAGAACCCCGCCAGCUGCAAGUCGCCGACGCUGUCCACAGACGUCAUGAGAAAACGCCUCUACCGCAUUGGCCUCAACCUAUUCAAUGUAAAUCCUGACAAGGGCCUGCAGUUCCUGAUAUCCCGAGGAUUCAUCCCUGACACCCCCAUCGGCGUGGCCCACUUCCUGCUGCAGAGGAAAGGUCUGAGUCGACAGAUGAUCGGGGAGUUCCUGGGCAACAGCAAAAAGCCCUUCAACAGGGACGUCCUCGACUGCGUGGUGGACGAGAUGGAUUUUUCGGGCAUGGAGCUGGACGACGCGCUGAGGAAGUUCCAGGCCCACAUUCGCGUUCAGGGAGAGGCGCAGAAGGUGGAACGUCUCAUUGAGGCCUUCAGCCAGCGCUACUGUAUGUGCAACCCUGACGUGGUGCAACAGUUCCACAACCCGGACACCAUCUUCAUCCUGGCUUUCGCCAUCAUCCUGCUCAACACGGACAUGUACAGUCCCAACAUCAAACCCGAUCGCAAGAUGAUGCUGGAGGACUUCAUACGCAACCUCCGAGGCGUUGACGAUGGAGCGGACAUCCCUCGCGACAUGGUGGUGGGCAUUUACGAAAGGAUACAGAUGAGAGAACUGCGCUCCAAUGAGGAUCACGUCACUUACGUCUCCAAGGUGGAGCAGUCCAUUGUGGGCAUGAAAACGGUUCUGUCGGUGCCUCACAGAAGGCUGGUGUGCUGCAGUCGUCUAUUUGAGGUGACGGACGUCAACAAGGCCCAGAAGCAGGCGGCGCACCAGAGAGAAGUGUUCCUCUUCAACGAUCUCAUUGUGAUACUGAAGCUUUGUCCAAAGAAGAAGAGUUCAGCAGCCUACACGUUCUGCAAAGCCCUGGGCCUUCUCGGCAUGCAGUUCCACUUGUUUGAGAACGAAUACUACCCUCACGGCAUCACCAUCCUCUCGCCGUUCGGCUCCGACAAGAAGCAGGUGCUGAACUUUUGCGGCCAAAGUGCAGAGGAGCUGCUCAAGUUCAUAGAAGACCUGAAGGAGUCCAUCGCAGAAGUGUCGGAGAUGGAGCAGAUACGCAUCGAGUGGGAGCUGGAAAUGCAGCAGGGGUCCAAGACGCACCCGAUAAACAACGGCACACAACUGGAGCUGCGUGGCAAACAUGGCGGCAUGUCAGCAGGAAUCCAGGAAGGAGAGGACAAUAGUGGACACAAUGCAGUGGAGGUGUCAAUUCACAACAGGCUUCAGACGUACCAGCUCAGCUCGAGUCCCGAGAGCGUGGCCCUUCUUAACCACCAGGGAGAGCUGCUCUUCCACCCGGGGCUAAGCCAGGGCCCGGCGCCUCCACCUCAACAUCUGCAGCUGCGCUCGGCGGCCAGCACCCCCGCCCACCGGCCACACCCCCAGCCGCCGCCAUCGCCGCAUCCGCCGCCCGCCGUCAGCGUGGCCGAUCUGCGGCCCGAGACGCUCAUCCAGUGUCAGCAGAUCGUCAAAGUCAUCAUGCUGGACAACAGCGGCCCCGCCCGCGUGGAGGCCUUCCUCAGCCACGCGCCCGCCCACCCACAUCCGCACCCCCACCGCUGCCAGCACUACCAGCUCAGUCAGUCGGCCACGUCCACGCCGCUUCGCUCGCCCGACAACUCGCAAGGCGGCGGUGACGGCCACCAGCCCCCGCUCCCCCCGCCCCCGCCGCCGUACAACCACCCGCACCAGUACAUCCCCCCAGACCCUCGCCUCGGACUCCAUCGGACCCCCAGCGGGUCUCGGAGCAUGGUGUAAAUAGAAUUAAAGCCCCUUCCAGUACAUAAUGUACAUAAGAUCACACUUCUAUGCUUAUAUUUAGGAAAAUAUGCUUAGAUUUAAAGAAAUAUGAUGCAUAUAUAGGAUUUUACUUGACGACGCGUGUGUUUUCAAACACGUUUUUAGGACCGGUUUUAACACACGCUUGAUUAAAAGUCAACGCCAACCAGGAUGUGGGAGGAGAUAAGAUCACCUUCCUUCUUUCCUUCCUUUCUCACUCCCUUCCUUCUUCAUCAUCCAAUACGCUUGUGCCAAAAAUAUCAACAAAAAAAGACCUCCGCCGAAAUAAAAAGAACACACGGCCAUUGCCAAGGCUUCAGAAAAGAACUACUUUCCUUCCUCCUCACGUAUGGAUUUAUUGGAUGGAUGCAAAAACUGAAAGAAAAAAAAAAAAGUUUCGUCAGACUUACUAUGUUUUGCCAACUCUUUAUGUUGUUGCCAUCUACUUUGUCUGAGUGUGUUAUCCUUCUCAAUCUGCAGCCCCGCUUAUCUUUUUAGUCUGACAUUUAUCCCAAAAGACAGGGAAACAAAACAAUAGCCUGUAGUGACAGCUGAUUUCAAAAAAAGGCCAAACAAACUGUUUUAUCUGAUGCAUUUUUUGUUAGACCCAAGCGUAGUUUGUAAAUAUCACAGGCUUCCCUUAUAUAGCAUCACAUUGCUUUCACAUCGCCUAACAUGAUCUUUUAUACAUAAUAUAACACCCCCCUGCCAGGAAGCAGCUUCCAGACCCGACUAGUCAACUUACAGGACAGUUUGACAUUACUAAAAAUGAUGUCAUGAAUAUUCCCGUCAAUUUAACCGCAUCUUAACACAUGACCAUUCCUCUAAAAUCGGUUGUUCAACGCCUUGUGUAACCCGAAAUGUGUUUUUGUCACCCGAUUAGUCACCCAAAUGACAAUUUCUAGCAAAGUCAAACGGUCAUGGUUAUUCCAAUCAGUUUUACAUGCAGUAAUCACAUGACUGCCCCUCUGAAAUCGGUCGCUCAACAUCAUCUUUUCUGCCUUUUUCGCUCCACCCCGUAGCAGCUUCCAGACCCAACUACUCAACUUAAAUGACGCUUUAAAUAGAAAAUGUCAGGAUUUUUCCAGUCAGCUUGAUCAGAGUGAAGAGGGUCGCCCAACUCCAUGUUUGUUUUUGCAACACUAACUAGUCAAUUUGUAUCUUUUUAAAUGUUAGGUGUCAAUUUUAUUGCAUCUGAAACGGCAGUAAUCACAAAAACUUCACACUGAACUGGGUCAUCCCAAAAAAGAAGCUUACAGACCCAACUAGUCAACCAAACAGUUUGAUCUUACUAGAAAAAAUGUCAUGAUUGUUUCAAAUAUAUUGCAUUUAACACAAAGUAAUCACAUGAUCUUAGCUCGAAGUGAGUCGCCUCCACCCCUGAAAAGCAGCUUCCAGACCCGACCACUGAACGUUUGACAUUGUGAGAAAUGAUGUCAGCAUUUGUCCAGUCAGUUCCACCACAUAAUUACCUGAUUCGGAGUGAAGAGGGUCGUCCCCAUAAACCCGUCCCCCAUCCCAGAAAAGAAGCUGUCAGACCCGAUUAGUGUAUUUAUUCAUUUUAGAAUAGUAUAAAAUAGAAUAGAAAGUAAUUUUCAUUGCAUUUUAGAUUCCAGCAAUUACACUAACCUCACACAGAAAUGGGUCUUCCUCAAAAAGUACUUUUCAGACCCGACUAGUCACCCCAAAUAAGAAUAUUUAGAUCUUACUAGCAAUGACAUCUUCAAUAUUCCAGUCACAUUUACUGCAUUUUAACACGCUGGAAUCUCAUGACUUUCACUCUCACGUGGAUUGCAGCUUCCAGGCCCAACUAAUCAAAUUAAAAGACGAAUUGACGUUACUGACGUCAAAGUGUGGCCUGAAGACGAUAUUCAGUCUGCUGCUCCGUUUUUUUACUGGCCCAUCUGAAUAUUCUGAAACUGUGAUUAGAUAAACACGAUUUAUUAUUAGAUAUUACACUAGUAGCUUGCAUUCUUUUGUUGCUUUCAAAAAAAACAAAAAAAAAGCGUUUUAUAGCAAAAUAUUAAUUACAUUGGAUGAAGUCCACUUAAUAAAAAAUAAAGGCCUACUGAAACCCACUACUACCGACCACGCAGUCUGAUAGUUUAUAUAUCAAUGAUGAAAUAUUAACAUUCCAACAAAUGCCAAUACGGCCUUUUUAGUUUACUAAAUUGCAAUUUUAAAUUUCCCGCGAAGUGUCCUGUUGAAAACGUCGCGGUAUGAUGACGCGUGCGUUUGACGUCACCGGUUGUAGCGGACAGUUUUUUCCAGCCCGAUCCAAGCUAUAAGUAGUCUGCUUUAAUCGCAUAAUUACACAGUAUUCUGGACACCUGUGUUGCUGAAUCUUUUGUUCAAUUAAUAACGGAGAAGUCAAAGAAGAACGAUGUAGGUGGGAAGCGGUGUAUUGCAGCUGCCUUUAGCAACACAAACACAGCUGGUGUUUCCUUAUUUACAUUCCCGAAGGUGAAGCUUUACUAUGGAACAGAGCGGUCAAGCCUACAUGGUUCCCGACCAUAUGUCAACCGGCAGGUUUCGGUGAGAAAAUUGUGGUAAUAAGUCUGCUCUUUCCAUAGUUAUGAGCGGAGCUUGCGUCCUUCUGCAGCUGCGGACUAUUACCUCCUCCCACCGGAGACACUGGCGGUCACCACACCUGUGGCCACACCCCUCUGACUUUCAGGUACCAUAUAAUCUCACUAAAACACUAGUAACACGAUAAGCAGAUGAGGGAUUUUCCAUAAUUAUCCUUGUAAAUGUGUCUAAUAACAUCUGAAUCGCUCUCACUGCCCUCGCCUUUUUUUUUUCUAGUCCUUCACUCUCACUAUCCUCAUCCACUAAUCUUUCAUCCUCGCUGAAAUUAAUGGGGAAAUUGUCGCUUUCUCGGUCCGAAUCGCUCUAGCUGCUGGUGGCUAUGAUUGUAAACAAUGUGAGGAUGUGAGGAGCUCUACAACCCGUGACGUCACGCGCACAUCGUCUGCUACUUCCACUACAGGCAAGGCUUUUUUAUCAGCACCAAAAGUUGCGAACUUUAUCGUCGAUGUUCUCUAUUAAAUCCUUUCAGCAAAAAUAUGGCAAUAUCGCGAAAUGAUCAAGUAUGACACAUAGAAUGGACCUGCUAUCCCCGUUUAAAUAAGAAAAUCUCAUUUCAGUAGGCCUUUAAAAAUGCUCUCCAAGCAAAUAUAAAUACAGAGGUAAAUUUAUUUGUACUUAAUUAAACAUUGGAAUGUUUGUUGGCUCUGCAUGUUAUUCCAGUAUGUUUUUGUGCAUGACUGACUGAAGUGUGAUUGUGAUGGUCAUAAUUCCAACGCAGCAGUAAGAUGCACGGUGGCCAACGUCAGCUUCUUCCCAUCUUCCGUCCGUCCGUUUUGCUUUUUUCCGGGAGAUGCUUUUACAUGUGUGUAAAUGUGCGUGCAAGGGACGUUUCCAGGGCAACCGAUGUAGCAUUUUGGGAGUCCCACGAAUAGCUGACUUCCACAUACAGGACACUGACCAAAGGGCUCUCCCAUACAAGUGCACUGCUUCAUCAAUGACUCCAAAAUAUUUGAGAAUUUACAAGAUAGGAGAAAAAAAAAAAAAGAUGCGAACGACAGGAAGUGGAGGAGAAAUGAGCCAUCAUCACUUCCUGUCAAAUUUCUCCCUUUGACCUGUCUCUGCGGUAUAUCAACAUGCUAUUAAAUAUGAUUCAAGUCUAUCCAAAAAUGUGUUUUAUUGUUCGAAGCGCCAUUCAUGUAGCUUUCAGACGUUAGAAAGCUAUUCCAUCAAAUUGCUUUGGGGUAUAAUUAUUUCAAAAUAAACUUCCUUUUAUGUCAUGUUUCAAGUCUAAAUCUGAAAAUAUUGAAAGUAAACGACUCCAAGUGUGUGUUAGCACAUCUCAGGCAACUUCAUUUCAUUUUUGACAAGUUUUCCCGGGAUGAUGAUGACUUAUUUGAGUAACAGGAGUGAGUUUUAAAGGGGAACAUUAUCACAAUUUCAAAAGGGUUAAAACCAAUAAAAAUCAGUUCCAAGUGGCUUAUUUUAUUUUUGGAAGUUUUUUUCAAAAUUCUACCCGUCCUGGAAUAUCCCUAAAAAAAGUUUUAAAGUGCCUUAUUUUCGCUAUCUGCAAAGCCACUGUCCAUUUUCCUGUGACGUCAUUCAGUGCUGCCAAUACAAACAAACAAUGGCGAAUAGCACAGCAAGAUAUAGCGACAUUAGCUUGGAUUCAGACUCGGAUUUCAGCGGCUUAAGCGAUUCAACAGAUUACGCAUGUAUUGAAACGGAUGGUUGGAGUAUGGAGGCAGAUAGCUAAAACAAAAUUGAAGCAGAAACUAAAGCUAUUGAGCGAAUAGCUAUUGACGCUAUUCGGCCAUGUUUGCCUUAGUAUCGGCGGUAAAAUGUGCAGACCAACGAUCGGAAGUUUCGCAUCUUGUGACACUGGAUCAACUUAAAUCCGUCGAUUGGUAAGUGUUUGUUUGGCAUUAAAUGUGGGUGGAAGGAAACGCCGGAUGUAAAUAUAGUUUUAAAUGUACAUACAGCUAGCCUAAAUAGCAUGUUAGCAUCGAUUAGCUGGCAGUCAUGCCGUGACCAAAUAUGUCUGAUUAGCACAUACAGUAAGUCAAUAACAUCAAUAAAACUCACCUUUGUGAUUUAGUUGACUUUAUCGUUGGAAAUGCAUCUGCAGGUCAUACAUCUCUGUGCCAUGUCUGCCUUAGCAUCGCCGGUAAAAUGUGCAGACACUCCGGCACAUUCAAAGGCGGUCUGGCGGCAGAUUUCGUUGACUUUAUCGUUGGAAAUGCAUCUGCUUUGAGUGUCACAGGAUAUCCACACAAUCUUGCCAUCUCUGUAAUAGCAUAGCUUUCGUCGGUAAAGUGUGCGGAACAAACGACUGACCAUUUUGUCGGCUUUCCCCACACCCUCGUAUUUUGAACAAAUUUCAUUCAAUUUCUUGCCACUUUCGCAUCUUUGGGCCAGUGGUGCAACUUGAAUCCCUCCCUGUUAGUGUUGUUACACCCUCCGACAACACACCGACGAGGCAUGAUGUCUCCAAGGUUCCAGAAAAUAGUCGAAAAAACGGAAAAUAACAGAGCUGAGACGCGGUGUUUGUAAUGUGUUAGAAAAAAUGAAAAUGGGGCUUUAUUACCUAGGUGACGUCACGUUCUGACGUCAUCGCUCCGAGAGCGAUAAAUAAAAAGGUGUUUAAUUCGCCAAAAUUCACCCAUUUAGAGUUCGGAAAUCGGUUGAAAAAAUAUAUGGUCUUUUUUCUGCAACAUCAAGGUAUAUAUUGACGCUUACAUAGGUCUGGUGAUAAUGUUCCCAUUUCAAUCAAUCAAUCAAUGUUUACUUAUAUAGCCCUAAAUCAUUAGUGUCUCAAAGGGCUGCACAAACCACUACGACAUCCUCGGUAGGCCCACAUAAGGGCAAGGAAAACUCACAUCCAGUGGGACAUCGGUGACAAUAAUGACCCAGUGGGACGUCGGUGACAAUGAUGACUAUGAGAACCUUGGAGAGGAGGAAAGCAAUGGAUGUCGAGCGGGUCUAACAUGAUACUGUGAAAGUUCAAUCCAUAAUGGAUCCAACACAGUCGCGAGAGUCCAGUCCAAAGCGGAUCCAACACAGCAGCGAGAGUCCCGUUCACAGCGGAGCCAGCAGGAAACCAUCCCAAGCGGAGGCGGAUCAGCAGCGCAGAGAUGUCCCCAGCCGAUACACAGGCAAGCAGUACAUGGCCACCGGAUCGGACCGGACCCCCUCCACAAGGGAGAGUGGGACAUAGAAGAAAAAGAAAAGAAACGGCAGAUC